AUGGCUGGUCGACAGCAUUGGCGGCUGUCGGCUGCGGUGGCUUUGGGGUUCUCGCGGCAGAGGCAGUGGCGCGGAGCUCGUGGCGACAGUUGCGGUAGCGGCUGGACGACGGCGAUGGGGCUGCGGCUGGCCGGCGGCGAGGUGGUCGUUGGCAGCAGUGGCUGCGGUGGUGGUGGGAGGUGGCAUGGUGGCCUCGGUGGGCUAGCCGAGGGCAUGGCAGACGGCUGCAUUUCGCCGGCGCGGGAGAGUACGGUGGAGGGGACGGAGACCGGCUUGUAUCAAUACCAAUCUUCCAAGAUUUUCAAAAUGAAAGAAAGUCAAGUGAUUAUCGUCACUCUUCUUCUAUUUUGUAUUGUUCUAAUCAUUAGGGGGGAAGAAAUUCAACAUAUAAACCCAAGGAGAAGUACUAAUCAAGAUCUUACAAAUCAAGAGGUUAAUAAAAUCAUCCAGGCUGAAGAUGGUGAUGUCUAUGAUUGCAUUGAUAUAAAUAGGCAACCAGCCUUUAACCAUCCAUUGUUAAAAGACCACAAAAUUCAGUUGAAACCAAACUCAUUUCCGGUGGGGAUUGAUGUCGAAAAUCCAUUUAUGUAUCCCAUCUCAGAAGCACAACUACCCACUGCUGAAUGCCCCACAGGAACCAUCCCAAUACUAUGCAACAAUAGACAAGAAAAUAUUUCAACUAAGAAUACUGACGCAAUUGUCACCAGUCAACAACAAGAGGUAGCAGGGAUAAAAUAUUUUGACGACAUAUAUGGAACACAGGCCACAAUAAACAUUUAUGAACCAAUGGUGAAGCAUCAUUGGGAUCUUAGUGGAUCAUGGAUACAAAUUGAAAAUGGCCCAGAUGUAAUUGGUGCUGGCUCUUGGGUCUCACCAAGCUUCAGUGGUGAUAGCUUUGCUAGGUUUCAUAUUUCAUGGCGUGAUGAAGUACAAAACAAGUCUUGCAACAAUCAUAAGUGUCCUGGUUUCGUCCAAGUUAGCAGUUCUGUUGUUCUUGGAGGCAGAAUACAGCCAGUUUCUGUAUAUAACGGACCGCAAUACGCAAUUAAGUUUCUUAUAUUUAAGGUAUUCUCUGUCCUACAUGCAGUUUAAUAUGCCUUGAUUAUUUACUUUAUGAGAAUAAAAAAUUUAAGUGGUUCACUAUGAUGUUAAUUGAGUUACCUAAGAUAUAUAAAAUUAAUAAAACAUUAAUUUAUUUCGCUUAUUAUGUCAUAUCUAUAUACUAUGUUCACAUAUGAUGUGUCAGUGCAUUGCUUAGAUUUAAAUUACCUGUUAGCACACACCAUUACAACAAUAUCUUAAAUCAUAAUAGGCAUUCCAUGGACUUCCAACAAUAGCAUUUCACUUUGAAUGCCUCACUGUACGAAAUGAUGUUAUAGACUUAUAGCAACAAACGUUUAUUAAGACCCCUAGAAUACAAUAAGGAAAUAAGUACCAUGCCUUGUGCAUUCAAUAGCAUAUUGCCCUUGCAGUCUUUUGAACAAUCAUUUUUUAGAUGAUUUUGAAGAAGCAUUUACUUGACAAUUUAAUCUUGAUGAAUUUUAGGACCCAAAGACUGAAAAUUGGUGGUUGGUGUAUGGUGAGGAGAAAACAGCAAUAGGAUAUUGGCCAAGUUCUCAAUUUAGUUACAUGAAGGAAAUGGCCAGUAAAGCAUUGUGGGGUGGAUAUGUUCAGGGUCCAACAGCCUCAGAAGACUCUCCACAAAUGGGCAGUGGACAUUUUGCUUCUGAAGGGUAUGGCAAAGCAGCUUUUGUUAGAGAUAUUCAGGUCGUGAACGACGACAACAUGC